AUGCUGACCCUCCGACCUGCGCUUUCCAACGCGAGCGUGGCAGCUACGGCGCUGCGACGUUCGGCGUUUUGCCAACGAAGUGUGCUUCGCAGCUACUCGACGGCGACGGACCCUUCGCAGCUGGCGACGCUCUCACCUCUGUCGGCCAUUGCCCAGUCUGAGCUCGGUUCGAGCUCGCCGUACGAUGAGCACAUUUCUGUGCUCACGCUGAACCGGGCACCUGCAAAGAACGCCAUCUCGCGUGCGCUGCUCGCCGAGAUGGAUCAGCACAUCAGCUCGCUUCUCACCAACCCCACGUCGCGCGCGCUCUUGAUACGCUCUUCGGUACCCGGCACGUUCUGUGCCGGCGCCGACCUCAAGGAGCGCAAGGGAAUGUCGAAGCCGGAGGUCGACGCUUUUCUGCUUGGCCUGCGCAAGGUGUUCACCAACGUGUCGCGGCUGCCCAUGCCCACCAUUGCGUGUCUCGACGGCCUGGCCAUGGGCGGUGGUCUCGAACUGGCGCUCACGUGCGACCUGCGCAUCGCUGGCCCCGCAGCAACCAAGCUGGGCCUGACAGAGACCAAGCUCGGCAUCAUUCCCGGAGCCGGUGGUACCAGCAGAAUGACGAGGCUCGUGGGACCAGCACGUGCCAAGGAGCUCAUCUUUAGCGCCAAGCUCGUGGACGCCGUCGAGGCCAGUCGUAUCGGGUUCGUCGACAUUGUGGCUCAGGAGGGCAACGGCACCGCAGCAUUCAGCAAGGGUGUCCAGCUCGCCCGAUCGUUUGCAAAGAAUGGACCCUUGGCGGUACGAGCGGCUAAGCUGGCCAUCGACAAGGGCGAGCAGAUGGACCCUGAAACUGCUCUCGACUUUGAGCGUCAAUGCUACGAGACGAUUCUGGGCACCAAGGACCGACUCGAGGGCCUCAAGGCGUUUGCCGAAAAGCGCGAGCCCGUGUACCGCGGCGAGUAG